AUGUCAAAUAUUCUCAAACCUCAUUUACAACACAUUGCUGUAGGUACACUUCGUUGCUUAACUGCAGACAUGGUAGAGAAAGCCAAAAGUGGACAUCCUGGCAUGCCAAUCGGAAUGUCAACCAUCGCUUUCGUAUUAUGGAAAUAUUUCUACAGAGCUUCAGGUAAAGAUCCAACAUGGAUCAAUCGAGAUCGAUUCAUACUCAGUAAUGGACAUGGUUGUGCACUUCAAUAUGCAUUACUUCAUUUAACAGGAUAUGAAUCCAUGCCCAUGGAACAGUUACAGAAAUUAAGAACUUUGGAUUCGAAUACUCCUGGUCAUCCCGAAUGGUUCCAUACAGAUGGAGUGGAUGCUACGACAGGUCCACUUGGACAGGGUAUGUGCAAUUCUAUUGGAAUGGCAGUCGCUGAAUGUCACUUGUCCAAGAGAUUUAACAGAAAUGAGUUGAAAUUAUUUGAUCAUUACACGUAUGUCUUUUGUGGAGAUGGUGAUUUGAUGGAAGGCAUGUCCACAGAGGGUAUGUCAUUUGCAGGACAUCAACAACUCAACAAAGUCAUUGUUUUUUAUGAUGACAAUAGAAUUACCAUAGAUGGAAGUACGGAUCUAACAUUCACUCAGGACACAGCCAUGGUUGCAAGAGGAUUGGGUUGGCAUGUCAUUGAAGUUCAUGAUGCCGACUCUAACUUGCUAAGAAUCAAGGAAGCAAUCGAAACAGCUCGUCUUGUAACCAACAAACCAUCCAUGAUUAUAUGCAAGACAACCAUUGGUUAUGGAACUAAACAGGAAGGAACUGCCAAAGCUCAUGGAACAGCAUUGGGUGAGGAUUCUGUUAGAAUGUUGAAGAAAUUCUGUGGAUUUAAUCCAGACGAUCAUUUUAUUAUUCCUUCCAUUGUGAGGGAAGAAUUUGAAAAGAUUUCUGAUAGAAAUGCCAAAUAUUUGCAAGAAUGGAAUGAUAUGACACAAAAAUAUGCAAAUUCACACAAAUCUGAAUGGGAAAUGUUGAUGAGAAUGAGAAGGGGUGAAAUAGAGGACUCUCUCGAGAAGUUUCUUCCAAAAUUUGAAGAUGAAAAGUCAAUGGCCACUAGAAUGUGUUCACACGAAGUGUUAAAUGGAAUAUUCAAGAUUAUUCCAGCAAUGGUUGGAGGAUCAGCUGAUUUAACACCAUCCAAUUUGACAGAUAUUGAAGGACAGAAGGAUUUUCAACCUCAUUCCAGAGAGGGAAGAUAUUUCAGGUUUGGAGUUAGAGAACAUGGAAUGUGCUCCAUUUCGAAUGGAAUUCUCUAUCAUGGACUGUUGAGAACCUAUGUAGGGACUUUCCUUAAUUUUGCUUCGUAUGGAUUGGGAGCUAUUCGUUUGAGUGCACUAGCUCAAUUGCCAAAUAUUUUUGUGUUGACACAUGACAGUAUUGGCUUGGGAGAAGAUGGACCAACUCAUCAACCUAUUGAAGUAUUAACAGCUCUGAGAGCUAUUCCUAACAUGAAUGUGAUUAGACCAGCAGAUGGUAGAGAAACAAGUGGUGCCUAUCUAUCAGCCAUCAAAACUCUCAAAACUCCAACAUGUCUAGCUCUGUCAAGACAAAACGUUCCACCAAUCAAGAAUUCCAGUAUCGAAAAGACACUCAAAGGAGCCUAUAUCUUGGAGCAAGAUGAAAACCCUGAUGUUAUUUUAGUGGCCACAGGCUCAGAAGUUCAACUCAUUGUUGAAGCCAAGAAACAAUUGAACGAAAGACAAAUUAAUGUAAGAACUAUCAGUAUGCCAAGUUGGGAACUCUUUGAUGCACAGCCACUGGAAUAUAGACAGGAAAUAUUCACAGCUGGCAUUCCAUGUCUGUCAGUUGAAGCUGCUUCUAUCAUUGGAUGGAGUAAAUACAGUCAUCACCAAAUUGGAAUGCUUAAUUUUGGAGCUAGUGGAAAGUAUACAGAUGUCUAUGAAAAGAAUCAGAUUACAACAAGAAAUGUUGUUGAAUCUUCUAUCAAGUUAAUCGAUAGAUAUAAGAAAUCAGCUCCAAGUUUAAUUCUUGCUCCAUUGAAGGAAGAAAAAGCGUUAUAA